UGGACGGGGGGUUCUGAAGUUAAUAUCUAUCUUCGCUUUCUUUCUUCUCUACCUUUCUCCAUUCUACUUCAUCUCAAAAUCUCUGUUUCUCACUUUUUCUCUCGUUCUCUUUCUCCAGCCAGUUGUCAUGUCCUGUAUGGAGAGCGUAUCGGUCUCUUCUCCACCUCUCCCUCCCAGGAGUCUCAGAAGUUUAUUUUUGCAGUUGAGAGAAUGUUGGCCACCACCCCUCCUCUCCUCUACCUGCCCCCCCGUCUGCUGUGGCGCCUGGGCUCCCCCCUUUGGACACAACACGCCACUGCAUGGGACCACAUCUUCAGCCACGCUGAGAAAAGGAUCCAGAGAGGAGUCCAGCGUCUGCGCUCCACCCAGGCUGCAGGAGGUGGUAGUGGGGGUACAGAGGGAGAGUUCACAGGGAUCCUGGGUCAGCUGAUGGAUAAAGGACAGUUGUCUCUGGAGCUCAUUAGAGCCAACAUCACUGAACUCAUGGCCGGGGGAGUGGACACGGUCGUUGCUGCAAAUGAGAAUGUGUUCUCAGUCAACUUACCUGGUAAAAUAACGGUAAAAUAAAAUAAAAAUAAAAAGGUGCGGGCAGCGUGGGCAAGAGCCAGUGGUGAUGCCUACAAGGCCCUACAGGGGGUGCCACUACUCAAGGGACUCGUCAAGGAGACCCUCAGGUUAUAUCCAGUGGGGAUCACUGUCCAGAGACAUCCAGUCAGAGACAUCACCAUCCAGAACUACCACAUACCUGCUGGGAUGAGAUCA